AUGACAGAAGAAAAAGAAGAAGAAGUAGAGCUGGGAAAAGAAAAGUCACAAACAGAUAAUAAUGUAACGUCGUGCGUUUCCACCGGACAGUUCAGAUCCUCACGGACUGAGACAAGAUGUUGGGAGUCUUAUGUCACGCCGCUCCUGAUGAGCUAUGUCAACAAGUACAUUAAGAACCUGAAGCCAUCUGACCUGCAGCUUUCUCUGUGGGGAGGGGAUGUGUGCAGCAAGCUGGACCUGAAGCUGGAUGUACUGGAGCAGGAGUUGAAGCUGCCCUUUACAUUUAUGAGUGGUCAUAUCCAUGAGCUGCGCAUCCAUGUACCCUGGACCAAGCUGGGCUCGGAGCCUGUUGUAAUCACCAUCAACACCAUGGAGUGCAUCCUCAAACUAAGGGAUGGAGCUCAGGAUGAUCACGACAGUGGUUCCAGCUCCACCAGUCGCAGUGCCUCAGACAGCUCCAAAGCUGUAGCCAAGCCCCGUCGCCUUCAACAGGCAGCCCCGACUGACCCAGACCUGCCCCCAGGUUAUGUGCAGAGUCUGAUCAGGCGUGUGGUGAACAAUGUGAACAUAGUGGUGAACAACCUGAUCCUUAAAUAUGUGGAAGAUGACAUUGUGCUUUCGGUCAACAUCACUUCAGCAGAGUGCUACACUGUGGAUGAUAUGUGGGAGAGGGCCUUCAUGGACAUCACUGCCCCAGAGCUGGUCCUGAGGAAAGUUAUUAACUUUGCAGACUGCACCGUCUGCUUGGACAAGCGGAAUGCCAGCGGCAAGAUCGAGUUCUACCAGGAUCCUCUUUUGUACAAAUGUUCCUUCAGAACACGUCUCCAUUUUACCUACGACAACAUCAAUUCAAAGAUCCCAUCAGUCAUCAAAAUCCACACUAUGGUGGAGAGCCUGAAGUUGUCCAUAACUGACCAGCAGCUGCCCUUGUUUAUCCGGAUUUUAGAGCUGAUUAUUGCCCUCUACUAUGGAGAAAUAGGAGGACACAAAGAGGGGGAGGUUGAAGAGGGCAUUAUCAGAGAGGGAGGAGUAAGUUCACCUGGGAUGGAUGCCAGAAUGGAGAGGUGUGGAUCUGGCCAGUUCUCCAGCCAGGACUUCUACAUGCAGACUGGGAGUCCUGAAGAGGCUGAUCAGGGCUGGGUGUCCUGGGCUUGGUCUUUCGUGCCAGCCAUUGUAGGCACAGAGGAAGAAGGGGAGGAAGGCCUCUAUGAGCAGACUGAGAUGGGAGGACUUCCCAGCAGCCCCCAGCAACAUGCAGCCAAAGACCCCAUUGUUUCCAUAGGUUUCUACUGCACUAAAGCUUCUGUCACAUUCAAGCUGACAGAAACACAGUCAGAAAGCAGCUACUACAGUCCUCAGAAGGUGAAGUCCAGAGAAGUCCUGUGUCUGGAGCAAGAGGGAAUCACUAUUGAGGUUCUCAUGAUGGGGGAGCCCUUCUUUGAUUGUCAGAUUGGCUUUGUGGGCUGCCGGGCACUCUGCCUGAAAGGCAUUAUGGGAGUUAGGGAUUUUGAAGAAAAUAUGAACCGACGUGAAGAGGAUGCCGUGUUCUUCAGCUGUGGGGACAACCUAAAUAGUAAAGGGAUGACUUACCUUACCAAUUCUCUUUUUGACUACCGUAGUCCGGAGAACAAUGGAGUCAGAGCUGAGUUCAUCCUGGAUGCUGCUAAUCACAAGGAGACCUACACCGAGAUAGCGGGCAUGCAGCGCUUUGGGGCUUUCUACAUGGAUUAUCUCUACACAAUGGAAAACGGCAGCACCAAAGGCUCUCAGGACUUCUCUGUGUUGAAUAUGGAGGAAGUAUUGCCUGUGGUUCAAGAGACAUCCAUCAAGAGGCUGGUUGUAGGACCACUGGACAUCAGGCUGCACAGCAGCGCAGUCCACCGCGUCCUCAAGAUGAUCACCUGUGCCAUGGACCACGAAUAUGAACCUUACUGCAAACCACAAAAAGAAACAGUUGAGACAAGCAACAGUCCAGCAACUCCAGAGGAGAUCGUACGCUUGGAGGAAUUCAUCCCAACCAGGCUGACUUGUCUCACUCUGCUCCACGUCUCAGUCACUGUCUGUAUGGCAGAAUUCAACCUCCUUCACACACUAAUGCCUGUCAUCUUGGGUCGCAAGGCUGCACCAGGACCAGUUUCUGUGCCAGUCUUUCAGCCACUGCACCCGCUACCCUGUUUGCAGUUCCAGGUGGAGAGGGUGAAUGUUGAACACUCUGUGCCAAUGUAUGCUCCAGAGCUGGUCACCACAGUCAGCAGUCUUAACCAGCCUUCUGACAACCUACUUCAUCACUGCUAUGCACACGUCUACCUCAAGGUGUUUGGGUUCCAGGCAGGUUUGACAUGCCAGGACAGCACAGGAGGCUUUCUGCCUCUCAUCUCCAUCAUCCCUUCCUUCAGUACUGCUCUCUAUGGAAAGCUGAUUCAAAUGCCUACAGUCUGGAGCAAAAGGUCAUCAGUUCCCACCACAGAGUGCAUUUUUGAGCUCCCUCACUUCUCUAUUCAGGCCACAAGGGCCCAGACGCUUUUGCUUCAAGCAAUUUACCAGAGCUGGACCCACAGCAUGCCCAACGGAGCCCCACAGACACUCGGUGAAAAUCUACUCAAUGAGGUGUACCAAGUUCCAGGUGUGAAGUAUCCAGGCCCGUCACCGACUCUGGAAGGCUUGGUCCAAAACGUGGAGCUGAAGUUCUGCAGCCGUGCGAUGGUGAAAUGUGCCUCGGGAACUGUGGGAGCUGUAAAAGUGUGCGCCAGGACCCCAGGUUCAGGGGAAGGGUCAAAAGAGAAGUUGGUUCCUUUGAUUCAGGGCCCAUCUGACACCAGAGAACUGCACAUGAGCCGCUGGCUUAAUGAGAUUCGUAAACCUGAAUCUUUGCUGGCCCCGGACCUGCUGGCCUUUUCUGUUCAAGUCCCACAGCAAGGUGACGAUUGCAGGAACUCAGGUGCAGUCCUGCUGCUCAGUGUCCAGGGCAUAGCUGUCAAUGUGGAUCCAAUCUUCUGCACAUGGUUGCUGUAUCAGCCUCACAGAGGGAGCAGCAGGAAACAGCAACAGAAUCCAGGUCCAGUCCCUCUAGCCAAAAGGAGGGAGGAUGAGGUGUCAGUAGGGAGCACACCGAUGGCCAAACAACCUUCCAAUCAGGCCUCAGAUUAUGCCAGCAGCCCAGUGAAAACCAAGACAGUGACAGAGUCACGUCCCUUGUCCAUCCCAAUGAAGGUGAUGCCUGACACCACAGUUGAGGAGUCGUGGAGUACCUCAGACGAGCAAAUGAAGGAACUGAUCACUCAUUGCCGGGAUGCUGUUAAACGACUUACUCUACAGUUGGAGCUCCAGUCCUGCUGUGUGUUCCUGCCAAAUGACAGCAUCCCCUCUCCGAGCACUAUCAUCUGUGGUGACAUACCUGGCACUGUCCGUAGCUGGUACCACAACCAGGCCUCCAUGCCGGGAACUUUGGUAGUCUGCCUGCCCCAGAUUAGUGUCCUCAGUGCUGGACAUAAGUAUAUGGAACCACUGCAGGAGCUCCCCUUUGCUGUCUCAAAGCCCAUCCUAGAGGAAGGUGAUGCCUUUCCAUGGACAAUAAGCCUGAGCCAUUUCAGCAUUUACACAUUGUUGGGACAGCAGCAGAGCCAGAGCCUGCUGGAGCCCAUGGGAUGUACCUCCACCCUGGCCAUCACGUCUAAGCUGCAGGACACCUCCGAAGGAAGGCACUCCUUCGUAGUGUGCCUCCAUGUUGAUCUACAGCCUGUCCACGUCAAGUGCUCCAAUCCCCAGGUUCAACUUCUGUAUGAGCUCCUCCUCAGCUGGAGUUCUACGUGGGCACGUCUCCAGAGACACGGGAUUUUGCGUCAGACCUCCAGUAUCCCAGACCCCCCUGCUGGUGCUGCUCCAUCCUCCCCAGUGCGCAGCAGUGCUGGCACCGCCCUACCUGACACCAGCACCUGCAGCCCUUCUGCAGAUUUUGGCUCCCCCACUGAGGGCGACUCUGUGCCUGCUGGAGAUGAUGGUCCAUUCGCUGACACUGUGACCCUGGAGCAGAAAACCAGCAGCAUUGAGGGAACCAGUGGGAAGGUCAGCCUGUGGAUGCAGUGGAUGCUACCCAAGGUCACAGUUGAACUGUUUGCUCCUGACCCAGCUAUCAGAAAGACAGAGAUCUGUGUCAUCAGUGAGCUAGAAGACCUGAGUGCCUCUGUAGAUGUCCAAGAUGUUUACACAAAGAUCAAAUGCAAAGUUGGCAGUUUCAACAUCGACCACUACCGAUGCAGUAUGGAGGAGGGUGUUCAGAGCUCGGGCAGCUGUGGAGGAGUGGUGCUGUCUUGCACUGACAAGCUGAACAGACGCACAGUGUUGGUUCGACCCGUCAGCAAGCAAGACUCUUUCAGCCACUUCUCUGGCUUUUUCCCCCCUACGGCAGCUAAAGUCCUGGAGGGCUCUCAUCAGCAGCAUGGCUUCCUGUCAAUCACUUACACUCAGGCCGUCACCAAAAAUGUCCGUCACAAACUCACCACCCGGCCGGAGCGUCCGUCACGCAGCAGUGUUACGACUGCCAGUCAGCGUAUCGCUGAUCCCCUGGCCGACAGCUCGCCUCAGUACCUGAGAGAGAUCCUGCUGACUGCCCAGCCCUUCGAUGUGGUUCUGUCCUGUCCUUUACUGGCCACCAUAGCUGGGGUGUUCCAGGCUACAGUACCAAGACGAUACAGAGAGCGUGGGAAGUCGGCAGGUCAGCCAAUGAGAAGCCACACGCUGACAUCACGGUGCUUGCCUCUGAUUUAUAUUAACACCAGCGUGAUCAGUGUCUUCUGCCAUGGAGCGCCAGACAAACACGCUGCAUCAGAUCCCAGUGAGAAGAAAGAAGACACCUUAGUGUUAAAGCUGGGUUCCCUCAGCAUGGCUCCUCAGGCCGAUAAUCCUCUGACCCGGACUGUGCUCCGAAAAGAUAUCUACCAACGUGCGCUGAACCUAGGCAUCCUGCGUGACCCAGGAUCGGAGGUAGAAGAUCGACAGUAUCAGGUCGACCUUCAGUCUAUCAACAUCGGAACUGCUCCGUGGGAGCAGCUAAAGCCAGAGAAAGAGGGAAUCAAAGGAGGUGCAUCAGCAGAAAAUGAAAGGAGCUCCCAGAAUCCUGCCCUGGAAUGGAACAUGGCGAGCAGCAUCAGGAGGCACCAGGAGCGCCGAGCCAUCCUGACACCGAUCCUGACCGACUUCUCUGUCCGGGUGACGGCUGCCCCCGCCAUCAUUUUCAGCAAGUCUGUCCCCCCUGACAGCGGACAGACCGAGGAGGUGGUGGUGUGCGGCCACUCUCUGGAGGUGAAUGUAACCAGCAGCCUGGAUUUCUACCUCAGUGUUGCCCAGGUGCAGCUCCUCCAGCAGCUUCUCAGAGACAACAUGGUGGGCACGGAUACUCCAGAAAAAAGUGCUGAGGUGCGUCGACAGGAGCAAAAGCGUAGCCGUCAGGAACCUGCAGCAGGUGCAGAAUCGUCCUCGCGCCACAGUGGGACAGGACAGGACAGCGGCUUUGGCAGCGACAGCGCUCGCAUUCGCAUCGUCCAAAUCGAGCAGCAGAGCGGGGCGAGCCACCACUGCAUCGCUAGGCCCUCACGCAAGUCUACCAUCACCAAGAACCUCAGCUUCAUCCCUUUUGACAUCUUUCUCACUGCUAGCAAACUCUCUGUCAUGACCUAUGCUUGCUCUAGUUCCCCAAAGACCCUCCCCACAUUUUCUGAUACACCUAGUACACCAGAGAAGAACAAACCUGGGGACAAGGUGGGAAAAAGUGUCCUCGAUCAUCCUGAGAUCACAUCUGAGUCUCCUCCAGCCUCAACCUCCCCAACUCCAGAUCCCACGCCAGCUGCCCAAGGUUCACUUGCUGGCCUUACUGCUGAGGACAUCCUCAACAGCAACACCUCCCAACCAGCUUCUCCACUACUGAGAGGAAGCCUUCUCUCCCUUGAGGGUCUUCCCACUCCCACCCGAUCCUCAGCUCGCCAAGCGCUGGGUGUUACCAUAGUGAGGCAGCCAGGAAGACGAGGCACAGGGGACCAGGUGUUGGAACCGCUCCUGUACCUCCAAGUUAUGCAGCCCUCUGUUCUGCUGAGCUGCCACCACCGCAAGCAGAGAAUGGAGCUGUCUGUAUUUGACUUGUCCUUAAGAGGAAUAGCUUCAGACUACAAGUGCCUAGACCCAGGAAAAACACUACCAGAAUUCCUUGACUACAACAUGUUUUGGCUGCAGACAGUAGCAGGAGAGGUGGACAGUAAAACAGGUAUCCCUCCUCCUCUGCUUUGCCUCCAGAUCAAAGACUUCCUCAAUGGACCAGCUGAGCUCAACAUAGAGCUAUCACGCCCCUUGAAAAUCAGUCCUACUUUGGCUAAGCUGGAGCAAGCCAAAACCUACCUAAAGAAAAUCCUGCCACCCCAAUCAUGGGGCAUCUCCAGUAAGACUCCAUCUUCUUCCUCCACCCCUCAGUCAUCCCCCACAAAGACACCACACAAGGCCUUCCCUCUUCGUUCAGACCCCCACCACCAGGCCUCGGCCCAGAGUAGAGCCAGCGGUGUCGAGGCCCUGGCACUGUCCUUCCACAAGGUCUCCCUCCACACCGCUCAGAUUGUUGUUGCCAUGGAGACAGAGGCCCAUCCAAAGAGGCCCAGCUUAACGGUGUCAGUAUCGGCCAUGAUGGGAUGUCUGAACAUGAAGUCAGGGCCUAGGAUAGAGGAUGCAGUUCAGGCUGCCUUUGUGCUGCUGAAGUUGAAAGAUGUACUGGUGAAAACAGGACUGAAGGACCGAAGCCAUGUGCUGCUGGGGCCGUUCUCCUGCAACAGCUCCCUGGAAGCUCGGUGGUGUCGGCACAGCAGCAGCCCUGGACCUGAGCCCGGCCCCCCUAAACUGCUGCUCGACCUGAAGGGAGGUCUGCUGCAGGUCUUUUGGGGCCAGGAACAUUUAAACUGCCUAAUGCUGGUGGAGGAGCACCUUCGUGCCUACCUUAGUCUUCAAAAAGUGGAUUUGGCUGAUACCUGUUGUAAAAGCAGGGCCUGCCACACCCAGCCUCCUCCCUCUCCUGUGUCUCCCUCUUCUCGGACAGAGCACAGCUCAGAUGACCUUCGUACUGGAAGUUUUCAGUACAUCCAGGACUCAGGUUCACAGAGACUGCCAGGACCCCAUGAGGUGGUAUUUUACAAUGAAACAGAGGACAGCCCAGGAGUUAUGCUGUGGAGAUACCCUGAACCCCGAGUCCUCACCUUUGUCAGGAUAACACCUGUCCCUUUCAACACUACAGAAGACCCUGAGAUCAGCACUGCCGACCUGGGAGAUGUCCUACAGGUACCGUGCAGUCUGGAGUAUUGGGAUGAGCUCCAGCAGGCUUUUGUUCCAUACCGGGAGUUCAGCCUGUCUGAAAGCUGCUCCUGCCAGCUGCAGCUGCCCAGCCUCAGCCUCACCGAUCAGCAGAAGGAGCUGGUGGCCUCAGACCUUUGGAGGAUUGUACUGAAUAAUAACGGAGAUGGAGGAGAUGAGCAGAGUUCAGAUAGCGAGUGUGGCUCCCAGCUCCACUGUGAUCAGUUGGUAUCUCCGAUGGCGUUAGCAGCCUGUACCCGUGUGGACUCCUGCUUCGCACCUUGGUUUGUCCCGUCAAUGGGUGUGUCCCUGCAGCUAGCACAGCUGGAAGUUCACCUCUGCAACCACCUUGAACAGCUGGGUAAAGUUCCUUCAAAGAAGCUCCAUCCCUUCCUGCCAGACAGGAAGUUGCCACAGGAACAGGAGUUCAUGGUGAUUGGUGCUCGAGAGCCCCAGGUCUUUUUGCGUCAGUGGAGCAACGGACCACGUCGCUGUCAGGAGUUCAGAUUUUCCACCCAGCUGGACUGUAAGCUGCUCGAGUAUCGAAAUCUAACACACCUUCAGCUUCUCCAGCCUUGUGUGCUCCAGGGCCAGGCUACUUUCACCAGCUGCCCCCAGAGCACGUCUUUGGAUCUGAAUGUCUUUGUGGAUCCUGUUUUUCUAAGUUUUGGCCAAUAUGCCAUCCACACUGUGGACACUGCCCUGCUCAGCUGGCAACAGAAUGGAAACCCAGAGGCUGAGGAGCUGCUCUAUAGCCACUAUGUGAUCUGUAAUGACACACAUGAGACUCUGCGCUUUGGCCAAGUGGACACAGAUGAGAAUGUGUUGCUGGCCAGCCUCCACAGCCACCAGUACAGCUGGAGAUCCCACAAGUCUGCUCAGCUGCUGCACAUCUGCAUCGAGGGCUGGGGGAACUGGCGCUGGUCGGAGCCCUUCAGCGUGGACAACGUCGGGACGCUACUGAGGACCAUCCAGUACAAAGGACGCACCGCCUCCCUCAUCAUCAAGGUGGUGCAGCUCAGUGGUGUUCAGAAACAGGUAAUCAUCUGUGGACGGCAGGUGAUGUGCAGCUACCUGACUCAGGAUAUCGAGCUGCGAGUCGUGCAGCACUAUGUGGGGCCUGACGGUCAGACGGUGGUCAGAGAACACUGUGACAGCCUGGAAGCGGGAGCCAAGCUGCCUUCUUAUGUGCUGGAGGAUUCAGAGAUGACGGAGCUGUGUGUGAGAGCACGAGGCGAUGAUGACUGGUCUCAGGAUGUUCAACUGGAGAGGAGGGACAAGGGCAGCAGCAGCUCUGUCGUACAGGUGGCCUGUUCCAGUGGCUCUUUGCUUUUUGUCUGGUGCACUCUCAUUACCCUCGAACCUGACUCUCACAUGCAACAGAGAUUGGUGGUUUUCAGUCCGCUGUUUGUCACGAGGAGCCACUUGCCAGAUCCAAUAAUCGUCCACAUUGAGAAAAGAAGUCUAGGGCUAAAAGAGAGCCAGCUCAUACGUGGACAAGGCCACGAGGAGCCUCUUUCAAACACUGAGGCCGACCUUACCCACCACCUCACUUUCCAAGCCAGGGAGGAUGAAGAUGCUUCGCAAUGUGCUGUACCCAUCUCCACCAGUCUGAUCAAGCAGAUAGUGAAUAAGACUGAAAAUGAGGAAAACCCGGAGCAUAUUCUGGCGGAUUUUGACGGUCCCAGGAGCACCACGGCACCACCAUGGCCUUACGUUACCAAAGACACUAGCAGGUCAGUUCUUGAGCCUCUAGCCCAGUGGGACAGUCCUAUGCAGGUGAAGUUAUCCCGCUGGAAGGCUGGUCUGAACACACUGCUGGUGGAGUUGCUCCCAUGGGCCCUCCUGGCCAACGAAUCCCAGUGGGACCUGUGGCUCUUUGAGGGAGAGACCAUCGUAAUGCAAAUACCAGCUGGCAAAGUCAUUGUUCCACCCAACUUCAAGGAAGCCUUCCAGAUUGGUAUCUACUGGGCCCACACCAACACUGUCCACAAAUCCACAGCACUGAAGCUGGUUCACGACCUGACUUCUCCUCGGUGGAAGGAGGGAUCAAGCACGUUGGUGGUCAGUCUGGAUGAGGAGGGAUACGUAGAGGUGGACGUCACUUUGGGAGCCUUCCCCGAAAAACAGAAGCUGUGCCAGUUCUGUGUGUCAUCUGUGGUGAGACAUGGCAUCCAGAUCCUGCAGAUAGAGGACAGAACAAUUCUUGUCAACAACACCUCUCACACCAUAUUCUACAGGCCUCUGCUGACUCACCAUGCACUUAUGGGUGAUGACCAGGCCUGUGAGAUACCAGAGAGCACCAUGUUCACACUCCCUCCCUCUGAUGAGUCUCUGGCCAAGCCAUGCUCUGUGCCAUGUUGGGACCUUCUCCUCACCAGUGUCCAGGGGAAGGUGGACUUUCCGUUGCCACUCAGACACAUGCUUUUCAGCACAAGUCCAAGGCCUGAUGUUGGAGUUGUAACUGCAGCAUGGAGCCUCCCUGCCCCCGUCCGACCAGACAUCCCCCGGCAGAGUGUGUCUGUCCCUGUGGAGCGGGACUCCGGGGGUGGCCUGUGCAGCAGAGCUAUAGUACUGACGUAUCAGGAACACCUCGGCGUUACAUACAUCACCCUGAACGAGGACCCCUGUCCACGCAUGCUGAUCCACAACAAGUGUCCUGUCCCACUGCUGCUGAGGGAAAACCUCAACGAAACUCCAAGGACUGAGGUAUACUGCCGUCCUCUGCCUGCUAACUGCUCCCUGCACCAUGAGCUCUACUUCCACUUUUCCAGUUUCCCUGAGUGCAGACAGAAGGAGUUGCUUCCCUCACUGCUGCUGAAAACCACGUCGGACCACAGCACCACCGACUGGACAGACCCCAUAGACAUUAACUGCCCCGGCACUCAGGUGGUGUUCCUGCCGGGCUUCGGCUGCCUCUACGUAGACGUGUCGUAUGAGAGAGGCACCCUGGUUCUGUCUCUGGCACCAGAGGGCAGCGUGGAUGCUGUAAUCAACGAACACAGCAGGUCCUCCAAGGUGUCUUUUAGAGUCCUUCUGAGUGAGACCAGCAUGGUAUUAAGUGAUGAUAUCACAAGUCCCACUGGUUCUGUGGAGCUACUCAGACUCACUUUAACCAAGCUGUUGCUCAGCCUGACCCCCGCGCCUACCUUCCUCCCCUCUGAGCUGGUGGGGGAUGCAGCAUCUGUCUCGGCUUUGAUGCCUGACGGGUCUCUGAUCGAGGUCUGCUGUUCCAGUCUGCAAGUGGACAACCAAUUGUAUAACCGGGCCAGUUUCCACUUUCCUGUGUUGCUGUGCCAAGAUCAGAGAGGUGGAGCUGAACCCGAGGGUCUGUGGACCAGUGACGCCAAUCCCACUCAGUCCCCCGAGGUGUUGGAGGAGUUCAAACGCUCCUGUUUUCUGCAGCUGAGGAUGAUGCUGGCUGGGGACAGAUGCACCGUGGAGGAGGUCACCUUCCAGCUGCAGCCUGCACGAGUCUACCUGGAAGACACUUUUGUUUACUACAUUAAGACCCUGUUCUACACCUACAUACCUGACAGGGCUGUGUCAGAGUCCAAGGCAGGCAUAAAGUCUGGAGCAGCCACAGUGCUCCCUGAACAGGUGUUUCAGUCGGUGCAGGCGUUGGUGCACCCCGUGUGCCUGCAGCGGCUCAUCAUCCAGCCCGUCAACCUGCUGGUCAGCAUCCACGCAUCCCUAAAGUUGUACAUUGCUUCGGACCACACUCCUCUGUCCUUCUCCGUGUUUGAGAGAGGGCCCCUCUGCACUACAGCCAGACAGCUGGUGCAUGCUCUGGCUAUGCACUACGCUGCUGGAGCCCUCUUCAGAGCUGGCUGGGUGGUGGGAUCCCUGGAGAUCCUCGGCAGUCCUGCCAGCCUUGUGCGGAGCAUCGGAAACGGCGUGUCGGACUUCUUCCGCCUGCCAUACGAAGGUCUGACUCGAGGACCUGGAGCCUUCGUCAGCGGAGUGUCCAGAGGAACAACUUCUUUUGUCAAACACAUCUCAAAAGGCACCCUGACGUCUAUCACCAACUUAGCCACGAGCCUGGCGAGGAACAUGGACCGUCUGUCUCUGGAUGAAGAGCACUACACCAGGCAGGAGGAGUGGAGACGGCAGCUUCCAGAGAGCCUCGGAGACGGACUGAGACAGGGAUUGUCCCGGCUUGGCAUUAGCUUGUUAGGAGCGGUAGCAGGAAUUGUGGACCAGCCCAUGCAAAACUUCCAGAGGAACUGGGAGAUGCAGAGCUCAGCUGGAAGCAAAGCCAAGGGGGUGAUCUCUGGGGUGGGGAAAGGCAUUGUGGGGGUUUUCACCAAGCCCAUUGGGGGAGCAGCUGAACUGGUGUCCCAGACUGGAUAUGGGAUUCUCCACGGCGCCGGUCUGUGGCAGCUUCCUAAACAGCUCUACCUGCCUACAGAAGAAAAGUCGGCUCUGGCCUCCAACAGUCACCUGAAAUAUGUCUGGAAGAUGCUGCAGUCUCUGGGGCGACCGGAGCUCCACAUGGCCCUGGAUGUGACCAUCGUGAGUGGGUCGGGUCAGGAGCAUGUCGGCUGCCUGCUGCUCACGUCUGAGGUGCUGUUUGUUGUCAGCCUCAGUGAGGACACCCAGCAGCAGGCCUUUCCCAUCACAGAGGUGGACUGUGGGCAUGAACCGGAGCAGCAGGGCGAGCUCACGCUAACGUUAAAGCAGCAGACAGUGACCAGCGACACUGAGGGAGACGGCGUUCGCGAGCGUCUGUCAGAGCAGCAGUAUCAGCGGCUGGUGGAUUACGUGAUGCGAGCCUCCCAGUAUUUCUCUCCCUCCCCUGCCUCUCUGCAGCUGCAGCCCCUGGUUACGCUCGCAGAGCCGCCGCCGUCUGUCACCAAGUGCUACCGCUACCUGGUGGAUCCUGCCUUCGCCAAGGUGUUUGUUAGCAAGUUCACCGUGGUGAAGAACAAAGCCUUACGGAUUGGAUUCCACUGAAGGGAAGAACAAGCUCACUUUUUUUUCCCCCUGUUUAGAGUAAGGCUUGUAAGGGAAACACAUCUUCUACUCUGUGCUUUGUCUUCUUGAUGUUAACGUCACGUUUAUGCAAAACCUACAUCUAAAUAUUAACACAAAUUUCUUUUCAUGCCUUAAAGUUGUAGAGAAUUCUUAGGAAAAAUAUUUUCUGAUACAGCAAACUCAGACAAAAAACCAUGAAUUUAGUCAGUUUUAAUCAUAGAAGCACAUGUAAGUUUAGACAUGUCCUUGAUAACACACUGUAGUGAACACAAAAACAUGAGUUAAAGUAAGGGCUGAGUCAGCGUUAAACCUCCUUAGUGUCACAGAUAGAAAGGUCACACUGAUCGUUUCACUUCUGGACUGGUUAACUCUGCUGAUAAAGAUCUUCGUUUACAUCCAGCAUAUCGUUUCACGCCAAUCUAAAGUGCAAUAUUAUAUAUAUGUUUGUGUGUGUUAAAGGAUGCUAGAGAUACCAGCUGUUGACCAAAUGUUUUUAGAUGUAACACUAUUCUUUGUACGUUGUGUUGAUGCCAAACCCUGACGAUGCAAACAUGUUGCCUUUUAUAUUGUUGAGCUCUUGAUACUAAACGAGUCUGUCUUUAUUGUAUAAAUCUAUAAUAUAUGAAGAUGGAGUCUUAUUAAAGAAAAUAGAAAUCA